GUGCUGUCAUUUAUCACCUUUAUCUGCUAUAUUGCAUCUCUAGCUGCCUCUUUCAUGAUGGCACCGCUCCUAGAGUUUAUGCUGGCACUGUUCCUUUUUUUUGCCUAUGCCUCCAAACUUAAUGAGAAGUUCAAAGGACUCUACUGGCCUCUGUCGGAUUUCUUGCGGUGUGUCACUGCUGCCAUUAUUUACUUUGCCAUUUCAAUCGCUGCUGUCUCAAAAUACAAUGACGGAGCAUCUAAAGCAGCAGGAGUGUUUGGAUUUAUAGCCACAAUAGUGUUUGCCACUGAUUUCUACAUAACCUUCAAUGACCUGGUUACUUUUCUCAAGCAAGGCAGUUCUGAUUCCCCUGAAAGGCGCAAGUCAGAAGAUGAGGACUCAGAUUCCGACUCCGACUAA